AUGGAGACGGAUAGCAACAGCGACGGCGAAAUGAUGCCGGCCGCCGCGCAGAUGCCACCCUACAGCCGGGCCAACAUCGAGCUGCUCAUCAGGAGACACCAGGCCGCUGUCACGGCGCUCGGGCUGGCGUUCAACGGCCCACCUCACCAUCACAGGCCGAUGAUGGCAAACGCGGCCACGUCCGUGCCAGCGCCCAAGCACCACACCAUCGACGCCAUCCUCGGACUCAAGCGCAACGACCACAAAGACCAGGAGUCCGGAGGAGAAAACAGCUGCAAUUCUAGUGACACCGAGCAAAACCGUCAUCAGCCCGUGCCGUCCGACCAACACAACAUAAUGCGCGGUGGCGGAUGCGGAGGCGUCGGUGGAGGCGUCGGUGGAGGCGGUGGAGUAAGUGCCGGAGGAGGUGGAGGAGGAGGAGGAGGCGGAGGCGGAAUAGGAUGUGGAGGAGGAGGAGGCCCUCCGCAACAGCGUCGGUCAGCCGACAUGGACGACAUGAGCGGCGGUGGGUGCGGCGACAGCAGCGACGGCGAACCGGACGACGAGCAACUGUCCGGCGGCCGGGCGAGCGCGUCACCCGCGGCCGCGGCCGGUGGCAUGUCACCACCCGACAAGAAAAAGCACCGCCGGAACCGCACCACGUUCACCACCUAUCAGCUGCACGAGCUGGAGCGAGCGUUCGAGAAGUCGCACUACCCGGACGUGUACAGCCGCGAAGAGCUGGCCAUGAAGGUCAACUUGCCGGAAGUCAGGGUCCAGGUGUGGUUCCAGAACCGGAGGGCCAAGUGGCGCCGACAGGAGAAGAUGGAGGCGGCAAGACUGGGCCUGAACGACUACGUGCACUCAACGAUGACCGGUUCGCUCGGCCGGAUGCCCGGGUCCAGCCUGGCGCUGCCCGUCGACCCGUGGCUGUCGCCGCCGCUGCUGUCCGCGUUACCAGGUUUCUUGUCGCACCCGCAGACGGGUUACCCGAGCUACCUGACGCCGCCGGUGGUGCACUGCGGCGGUCCGCCGUCGUCCGCACAGAAGUCGCCGCCAUCACCGCAACAGCAGAUCACCAUCGCCACGCCACCGUCGUCGUCGUCCAUGUCCACGUCUUCGUCGUCCGCGGUGUCCACUGCCGACCCCAGGACAUCGUCCAUAGCUGUACUUAGGCUCAAGGCCAAGGAGCACGUCGAGUCCAUCACGAAAGGCAUGCAAAUGGUCUAG